UCUAGCUCCUAUCAAACCACUCCCACUGCUCCCUAGCUAAUUACUAUUCAUUCGCCAAAUGGAGUCCCUAAAAAUAUUUUCAUUGCUCUUACUAACAAUAACUAGCUCGUUUGUUGCAUUGUCGGCCGCAAGCGGUUGGUCGCCACCUCCACCUUCGGUGCCCUCGGCUGGUUACACUUGUGACAAGCACCCGGGAGUUUGUACUGUGGCGACACCAAGCUGCUGCAAGAAGACGAAGACGUGCGUGAACUUGAACACGGACAACUUGAACUGCGGAAAGUGUGGGAAGCAGUGCGCGUCCGGGAAGCAGUGUUGCAAAGGCAAAUGUGUUAACAUCCAAAAGAAUCGAUCCAACUGCGGGGCGUGUGGGUACACGUGCUUAAACACUGAUCAUUGUUGCAGCGGGAUAUGCGUUAAUCUGAAGACGAACAUUUUGAAUUGCGGGGUGUGUGGGAAUAAGUGCGGGCUCAAUUUGAACUGUUGUAAUGGGAAGAUUGUGAAUUUGCUGACCAAUGAGAAGCACUGCGGUGGGUGUCAAAACAAGUGCACUAAAGGCGAUCCCUGCUCGAAUGGGAUGUGCGGGUAUGCAUGAUCAGUCGUUGAUACGGUGAUGGAGAAUGUUGUAAUAUUUGUAUUUGAAAGUUUUUAUAUGAUUUUUGUACUUACCGUUGUCUUGCUAUAUAUAGUUGGCACAGCCAUAUAUGUAUAUUUGAAAGCAUGACUUUGUGAAAUUACAUUUGAAUUACUAAUAUAUAUGCGAGAAUAAAAAUUGGCACU